UAUGUCAUUUUCAUGCACAAGGUGGAUGGAACUUACAUUAUUCGCAGUCUCCUUUCACAUUUGUGGAAAGUUUACGAGGAUCUUGCAAGUGAAUGGACCUCGGGGCUCAAUGGGAUUUGAAGUAAAUGAGAAAUGAAUGAAAGAUUUGUCCAUUUAUGUCAUAUUAAAACUUGGAAAGAAGUGAAUCACUGUCACUAUCAUAUGUUAAUGACAAAUCUCUCAAAUAUGAUCGAGGUAUCAAAGUUGCUACUUCCCACAUAUCAAAAUCCUAGUGCCAGGACUCAAAGACGCUAUGAAAGACGCCUUUCGAUCCCCUCGUUGAACUUAAAUUUUAGUUCAUGAAGAUCCGCAUCCCAUUUACAUACACAUACAUAUAUACAUACAUCAACUCCAAUAUUAUUCUCUAUUUGAGAAUUUCAGGAAAAUGGUUCAAUUUGAGGUUCGGGACAAAACAAUCGCCAUGGUUUCAAUAUCAACAACAGGAGCAAGAUCAAUAUUAAGUGGUGCACUAUUUGGUGCAUCACUUACAGCGGCAGGGGUUUAUUCUCCUACCGUCAUCAUAUCGCAGAUGAAGCUAGAAUCUUUCCAUAUGCUGAAAGUAUUCCUAUCAGCAAGUGCUACUAGCGCGUAAGAUUAAUUUCUUCUUCCUUUUGUAGAAUCAAAAGAUAUCUUGAGAAAAUAAAGCCUAACUAACAUCAAUUUAGUGCAGUAUUCCUCCUCGCUCAUCGUCUAUCACCGACGCUCGCACCUCCCCGCCAAGCAUCUUCAUUAUCCCUCUUCCCCUACGAUGGAAAUCUCAUCGGAGGACUCCUCCUCGGUAUAGGCAUGGCUCUUACAGGAGCUUGCCCGGGUACCGUUCUCCCACAAGUAGUAACAGGCUAUCAAUCCGGGCGGUUCGCCUUCGUCGGAGCUAUUAUAGGCGCAAUCAUCUAUUCCAAAAUCCGUCCCUUUAUCCGUACCCAAGCAACAUGUUCAGCCCCCACAGUCCCAGACGCAAAACCAACUCUCUAUCAAAAACUCGAUCCGAAAGCCGAUGAAAUAAAAGCAGUAUACAUUUACCAAAACUUCUGUUGGGGGAUUAUACUACUUGCUUCUUGGUUGAGUAAAGAUCAAGUACAGAGUUUAUUGACUCCUACUUGGGGUGGUAUUUGUAUUGGGUGUGCUCAGGGUGCAAGUCUUUGGUUGACGGAGAAUACUUUAGGUGCUAGUUCUGCUUAUGAACAGUUGGGAGAUUUGUUUUGGUCGGGAGUUGAAAGGUUAAGGGUUGGAGAUGUCGUUUCUGAUAGUUCGAAGAGGGCUGAGAAAGUUUAUGGAAAUAGAAAUGCGAAUGGUUAUCUCAAUGGAAAUGGGCACCUUAACGGAAACGGAAAUGGAGCAACAAAACCCCCACUCCGCCACCCAUCAACAGCUCGCCCUUCAAUUCGCGGAAAUUUCUUCACCUUUGGUAUUCUUCUCGGGUCCUACCUGCUCUCCCGUACCAUGACUCUUCCCACCCCUCUCCCCAUAACCUCUCUCGGCAAACCCAACCUCAACAUCUCAGAACUAAGCACCUCUUCCAUGCCAUCCAUCCCAAUACCACGUGCAAUUCUAGGAGGCAUAGCCAUGGUCCUAGGCGCUCGUAUAGCAGGUGGUUGCACGAGUGGACAUGGUAUUAGCGGUAUGAGUUUGUUAAGUGUUAGUAGUAUCAUUAGUGUAUGUGCCAUGUUUGGAGGCGGUAUCUUUUGGGGAGUAGUUGUUGGUUGAUUUUAUUGAUGAUGUUAUGAGAAGGAGGCAUUUGUGUUUUUGAGAGGGAGAAGCUUUGUGUAGAGGAGAGGUUUGCUGUGGUUGGGAGUAGAUGGGGCUUCGGGAUGACCGAUACGAUAGUCAGCGGGAAUACAAAGGACAACCUCCUUACGUCUAUACUCAGACCAAGUCUGGGAUCAGGUCCAGGUUUACUUACUUGCCUGCUUAUUCACUUAGUUGUCUUAUUCUUCCUUGUAUAUUUCUAUACUUCUUUUACUUCGGAACGCACGUUAGCGAUGCGCUUUUUUAAUGAUUAUUAUGACUGGACUAGGCAUUUGGAGAUACACGGAUUAGAUGGAUUCUUCAUGGGAGGAGAUUUGGUCUUAGCUUGUAUUAGAUACUCUAGAAGUGUAGGGGAAUUAAUCUGGGA